UCCGACACAGUGUUAUGAUUGGUCAUCUGAGAUCAGUGGUAGCACUUUCCUUAUCACACGCCGAUACUCAACAUCAAUUGAUAUAGUCAUCCAGCCACCAACUUUUAACUCCUUUGCAGAUUCAGCUUUCGGUAACUUAUCAAUUCCAUUUACCAUGUCUCACAAAGCUCAUCCUUUGGACCCUCUCUCUGCGCAGGAGAUCGACACGAUCGCGACCCUCGUGAAAUCAUGCAUCAAAGAAAAAGUGCUAUUUCGCGUCAUUACGUUAGUCGAGCCGGCAAAGAAAGAGCUUAUCUCUUUCCUGGACGCUGAGCAUAGCGGGUCUGCUGCACCUCACGUGACACGAAAAGCCAUGGUGCACGCAUAUAUCGGCAAAGCAUUUCACGAGAUUUUCGUAAACGUGGACAAAACUGAAAUCAUCUCCCAUGAGAUUUUAAGGGGAAAGCAUUCACAUGUGGAUGCAGCGUAUAUGGCGCAAGUAGAAGAUGCGUGCCUGCAAGAUGACAAAGUUCAGGCUGAAAUCAAAGCCUUGGAGCUCCCAGAAGGUGCCCUUGUUAUCGUCGAACCUUGGACUUAUGCCACCGAUGGCAUGAAUGAUAUGAAUUCCCGAAUAACUAUGUGCUGGUUCUACAUGCGACUCUGCGACCAUAAAGAUGCCAGCUACUACGCGUAUCCCCUGGACAUCGUCGCAGAGGUUUCUGAUAUCUUCAAAGUGUUGAAGGUUUAUCGUCUCGCAACAGGUGCCUCUCCCACCACCAGCGCUACGGAUGAAGCGAGACCGUUUGACCAACGAAAGAUCCACGCCUCGAGCGAGUACCAUCCUGAUCUCUUCAAUGAGCAGCGAACCACCACCAAACCUCUUCUCAUUGACCAGCCUCAGGGUCCUUCCUUCGAGAUCUCCGGUAAUAGCAUUGCGUGGGAGAAAUGGACUAUGCGCUUGGGGUUCAACUACCGCGAAGGCAUGACGCUUCAUGACAUCCGAUACGAUAAUCAGAGUCUGUUUUAUCGGCUCUCGCUUUCUGAGAUGUUCGUUCCUUACGGAGACCCCCGCGCACCAUACCCUCGCAAAGGAGCUUUCGACCUAGGCAAUGAUGGUGCCGGCGUCAACGCGAACAAUCUAAAACUCGGGUGCGACUGUCUAGGCCACAUCAAAUACUUCAAUUUCUGGCACACCACAUCCAAUGGCGAGCCACUGCAAAUGCCAAACGUAGUGUGCUGCCACGAGCAAGACGACGGAAUUCUCUGGAAACACACAAACUUCCGCACUGGCAACGCAGUAGUUACUCGCUCAAGACUCUUGGUACUGCAAACCAUCAUCACAGUAAGCAACUACGAGUACGUGUUCAUCUUCUACUUUGGACAGGACGCUUCUAUACACUACGAGGUCCGCGCAACGGGAAUCCUCUCCACUGCGCCAAUCGAUAUCGGAAAGCAGGUCCCGUAUGGCACAGUCGUGGCGCCUGGGGUUUUGGCACCAUAUCAUCAGCAUCUAUUCUGCCUGCGCAUCGACCCCGCACUGGACGGACACAACAACUCCUUUGUGGUAGAAGAUUCAGUCGCUAUGCCGUACCCCGACGCAUCGAACCCUUUUGGAGUAGGGUAUACCACCCAAAGCUCCAUAGUAGAACAAGAACAAGGGCUAGAUCUCGAUCACACCAAGAAUCGUACCUUCAAACUCAUUAACGAGAAGAAGAGGAAUAGCAUCACGGGUACGCCUAUAGGGUUCAAGCUAUUGCCAUACUAUAGCCAGCCUAUCCUCGCUCAUCCAUCUUCUUUCCACGCAAGGCGCUCCGAAUUCGGUGCCCAUGCUGUUUGGGUGACGCGGUAUCGCGACUCGGAGCUGUAUGCCGCGGGGACGCAUACGUUACAGUCGCUGGGUGGAGAGGGGAUAGCUUCCUGGAUCACAUCGCGUAAGGGAAGCGAGGAAGCUAAUGUGAGGGAUGAGGACAUUGUAGUUUGGCAUACGUUUGGGUCAACGCAUAAUCCGAGGGUUGAGGACUGGCCUGUGAUGCCGUGCGAGAAGAUGGUGGUAGGGUUGAAACCUGUAAAUUUUUUUGAGAAAAACCCGGGGUUGGAUGUCAGAGUUAGCACGCAGAGGGAGAAUCAGAGUGUGCUUGUUGGGGAGAAGGAUCCGGGGAAGGUGCAAAAGGAGAACAAGAAGUCGAAGUUGUGA